AUGGAAGACGGGCGAUGUCCUUUUAUACCAGGAAAAAUUCUUGGUAAAAUAUAUUCUGCUCUACUUUAUUUGGGGAAGUGCAAUACGAGACCUAGAAUCGGUUUGGCAGAACUUGAAAAUCUAACAGUAAUGGCAACAGAACAUUUCCAAGAACAUAUUUUACCUGUAAUCAGAUAUCGCAAAAGAUUGGCUCCAAGUCAACGAGAGUUUUCUGUACAUAAGAAUACAUCAGCUCUGUUUUCUGCAGUUGAACAACCUGGAUUUUUAUUUUCUACAGAUCAACAGUGUGUAACCGCGAACUCUGGAAGACGCGAUUAUGCAAAUGAAAAUUCUGGAAAAGGAGAUUCCUCCGCCGUCUCCGCUGGAAAUGACUCAUCUUCGCAUAAAUAUGCUGCAAAUAAGGGCUUUAGGCCAUCAUAUAAUAGUAUUGUUUCUUGCUACUUGGGUGAAUAUUCUGAUGAUAAAUAUGCUGGUCCUCAAUUAAAUACACCUGCAUUCCCUGCACCAGGAUGCUCGUGGAUGAAUAAAUCAUAUGUCCGUCCUCAAGAAAUUUAUUCAGUGUUACAAGAUAUUGCCAAUGAUAUACAAUACUUAAAAUCUUGUCAAUGUUACCAAUCUUUACAAAUUAGUGCACAAGAAAUUAAAUUGAGGAAACAGGCUUCUCUUAUCAAUGAACAAAGGAAAAAAAUAUGUAAAAUGGAAAUCGCUCUAGCAGAGAGUAAUCAUAAAUAUGCACAGCUAAAGAAAAAGUUUGAGAUGCUAUGUAACAAUUAUACUAAGCUUUCUGGUACAACAUGUACUACAAGAAAUGCUUCUGUUCCUGGUUCCACAAAUUUAGUGGAAGGGAUCUGUGAGAAUGAAACAAUAUCUUGCAACAUUAAUGAAACUUCAGGGGAUUCUGAAAUUCCAUGGCAAUCAAAGAUAACAUCUGCAGAAGUGCAUAUGCAAGAAAGUGUUAAAGCCACUUUGCUGAACAUUAAUAAAAAAAAGAAAGAAAAAAUAGAGGUAAAAGCAGGGCCAUCCCAAAUAAAUAAUGCCACAUCUGCUUUCCCAUCGAAAAGAGGUGUAAAGAGAAUGAGAAAUGCAGAAGAAUCUGAGUCUAUCAGUGAAUAA